CGCGUGCCAUCCCAUCUCGGCACUUUGCGGAGCCGCCUCGAUCGACCCCACGCACGUCAUGUCUGUCUGUCUGUCUGUCUGUCUGUCUCCCCACCACCACCACCUCCUCCAUCCUCCUACACGCCAAAUAGCAGAUCAAUUCCAUCAUAGACAGCUUCAGAUACCCCAGCAUGUCCCAGCCCGAGCAGCUCGGCCCCCUGGCCUCCGCCUUCAAGGACCUCCCCGCCGACGCCCACCCCAAGCAAUGGAACGCCUUCUACGAGCAAGCCACCCACCCCUGGGACCGCGCCGGUCCCUCCCUCGCCCUCAAGGACCUCCUCCUCCAGCGUCCCGACCUCGUCCCGCCGCCUAGCCCCGGCGCCACCGCCCUCGUCCCCGGCUGCGGCCUCGGCCACGACGUCCUCCUCCUCGCCAGCCUGGGCUACGACGCCUGGGGCCUGGACGUGAGCGAGACAGGCCUCGCCAUGGCCCGACAGAACGAACAGGACCAACAAAACAAGGGCUACGACCAGUAUCCCGUGCGUGAGGGCCACGAGCGGGGGCAAGUGCACUGGGUCCAGGCUGACUUCUUCGCCGACGACUGGACCAAGGGCGUGGGCACGGACGGCACCGGCACCGGCACCUUUGACCUCGUCUUUGACUACACCUUUCUCUGCGCCCUGCCGCUCGACCUUCGGCCACGCUGGGCCAAGCAGGUCACCCACCUCCUCGCACCCCGGGGCCGCCUUGUCUGCCUCGAGUUCCCUGUGGGCAAGCCGCAUCGCGACAUCGGCCCGCCCUGGGGUCUGAAUCCAGAAGUCUACGAGGCGCUGCUCGCCACGCCGGGUGAGCCGCUACACUACGACGCCCAGGGCGACGGCACCGUCGUCAGCGCCCCGAGCCCCAAGCCCAGGGAUGACGCGCUGCAUCGGCUGAGUCUCAUCAAGCCCCUGCGGACGCACAAGGCCGGGUACUACGAGGACGGCACGGUGCGGGACUUUGUGUCUGUCUGGUCGCGGUAGAUGGGAUAGAAUAGAAAAAAUAAAGAUACGUAGGACU